ACUAGAAAGAAGUCAACUAAAUGUAGCAGUAAACUGUAAACUCUACUGGCUAAAGGCUAAAGAAAUCUUAGAAAGACAGUACAGUUAGUACAGUUGUCUAUUAAAAGUUAUGUCAAACAGUCCAUCAACUAAUGGUUCACGUGUCACGGAGUCAGGUUUUAGAAAUAUAAUGCAGAAACUGGAAGCUAUGAAGUCAAUUUAUAAAUAAAUGUCCUGUUAACACUUCUCUUGCAACCUUGACGCGUACACCACAACACUAACAUGGAGAUCUAUGCCAAUGAAAAAGGACCCUGCUCUGAGUUGGACAGAUGAUUUGCCAGUUUGUCAUUUUUCUGGGGUUGGAUUAUCAACCAAUCAGAUUUACAGAGAAGAUGGUAACAGGCGUGAAGCACAUGAAAAUGAAGAUAGAAACUUCCAUUUCAGACAUGACAACUGCUUUCUUUAUGGUGUGUUUGAUGGCCACAAUGGGUCAAGAGUUGCUGAUUUCGCAGCUCAGAGAAUGCCAGCAGAGUUGUUGCUUGGUCAACUUCAACCUGAUUUUGGAGAUGAAGAAGUUAAAGAAGCUCUCAGACAAGCAUUCAUUGGAGUAGAAAAAGGUUACUUUGAAUCUAUGGAUGGCUUGCUUGCUGAAAGAACUACCUGUCAAGACAGGUUACCAGAGGGCAUAAGUCACUAUGAAGCGUACCAAAAAUAUCCAGAAAUUAUGAACAAUCUCCAGGAACUUGAUAGAAAAAUAUCUGGUGGAACAACAGCCACAGUUGUCUUGAUUUAUUAUAAUAAACUUUAUGUAGCCAAUGUUGGUGACACCAGGGCAUUUUUGUGCAAAACUGACACAGACGGUGUCCUACGUGUCAUUCAAUUAUCAUAUGAUCAUACAAUAGCUGACCCCGGGGAGCAGACUAGGCUACAGCAAGUUGGUCUAGAUAUAGACAAACUUAAACUGUUAAGACGAGUUGGGAAUUCAGAUUGCACUAGAUGUAUAGGAGAUUACCAUGUCAAGGGAGGUUAUAAAGACAUUGAUGUUUUACGGGCAGCCAGGGUUGAACCAGUGAUAGCUGAUCCAUUUGUUGAUGGAGGAAUUGAAAUUGACCAGUCAUGUGCAUUUUUUGUCAUCAUGUCUGAUGGUUUGUAUCAAGCCCUCACUGAUGCCACCGGAACUGAAACUGUAAAUGGUGAUAUUGCUAAAAUGGUGGCACAAGAGUUCAGCCAACAGACAACAUUGACAGGGGUGGCCCAAGCUGUGGUUGACAGAGUGGUCCGCAUACACCAUGACACAUUCAUGACAGGAAAUGCAGACAAGAAGGCACUCUGUCAGAAGAGAGAUGACAUUACCUUACUUGUAAGAAACUUCAACUACCCACUUUCAAUGCCAAGUCCUAGCUCUUCCCGUUCUCCGUCCCACAUCAGCCACCUACCUGGAUUCACCAGCAACAUGUACAACCACCCUACCGACAGACAGCGGUCAACUGACAGCUCUUCUGUUGCAGAGUCCCCAAAGACACCUACUAAUCAACUGCUGACUGGGCCAAAUCUUCUGGAAACAAUAGAAACUAACAGCACAGAGAGCCGAACUAAUGGGAGCAGCACUUACAGCACCAGUUCAAGUGGUGAAAUGCAGCUCUUUUCUCGAAGGCCAACCCAGAAUACAGAUCUUGAGUUGGAUGCAGAGGGGAGGGUCAAAGCCUAUGUGGAUUUCUCAGAGUGGUAUGCAGCACUUGAGCAAAUGUCAGAAGAGAGUAAAGAAAGUUUAUUUAAGGAACUACAACUUAAAUCAGUGUAUGAUCCUAUUCAAGAAGAGUCAGCUGGUGAAUGAAGUGUAAACAUUAAUUUAUUUUUUUACUUUUGCUUGUUUUUGUAUGGAUUUAAUUUACAAAUUGGAUUUGUAUGUAGCUUUGCUGUUGCUAUGAAAUGUUUCUGUACUUGAACAUAAAAGCUGCAAUUAAAUGACAUUUACAAUUCUG